AGAACAUGAUUUUUUGGUUUAAUGGUCAUUGGUGUUUCCUUUUUAACCAUCGUCUAGCUUUGGUUCCCUGAAUCUCCGGCCAUGUCCGGCGAUCUCCGUCGUAAUGUCAGCACCACAACCAUUCACAUCAUGGCGCUAGAUGGCAUAUUCAACGUCAACUCCCUCUUCACCAUGGGGUCGUUCAUUGGCCUCUCCUGGUACCCUACAAGAAACACAAUCGAGGUUUCACCCGACUGCGCUGCCGGCCCGGAAGUUGCCGAGGAUCUGAUCGCUUUCCACAUUUAUUCAUUCAGUUCCUUCCUCUUCUCCAGCCUCAUCGCUUCAGCCCUCAAACAAGCCAUCAAAAUCCACAAAGAUGAUCAGGAAGAGGAAUCCCGAGGGAUUGGGGCGAGUCUUGUUAAGGUGAACCUGGCGGCAUUGCGGGUGGGGAUGUUAGUUUCAGGAAUCGGUUCGGUUUUGGGAUGCGGGUUCAUGAUGAUGGCUCUAGUAUCGCUGGUUCAGGUCAAGCUGGGAUCUUUGGCUUGUAGGAGCAUUUACACUCUUUCUGCAAUUGCUCCUCUUGUGGUUUUGGUUCCAUUAGCUCUGCUCAUCUAUAUAUGGCUUGUUUUUCAUGCUUUUAUCAACUGAAUUAAGAAGACUAUAUUUUUAUCCUUGAAAGAUCUUGCAAAAUGGCUGCUGCUGUGCUGCAUAUGAAAAGCUAUUUCUUUGUGUAUCUAGGAAUAGAAACAACAACAAUGA